UCCGCACCUAGCGCUGCUGUUCCUCGCAGCACUGGCCCGCCUGCGACCAACGCUCUCGUCGUCCGGCGCAGCCCGCGAGCCACCCUGACCUUCUGCUCCGGCCAGUCUCCCUACUUUGACACCGGCCCCGCCGUCACGACUGGGGAGUUCACCCACUUCCUAGACGCCGUGUGCGGCGGCUCGUACCUCACCGACGACAUGUCCUACACCAUGUCUUCCGAGAACCGGCCGGACCAUGUACGCGAUCGCGCAGUGCCGCCCCGACGCCCCCCUCUCCGACUGCGCCACCUGCCUCGCGGCGUCCUCCCGUUUCAUUGCCGCGACAGCGUGCGCGGCGUCGGCCAUCUGGUACGACACCUGCUCCUUCCGCUACUCCGAUCAGGACCCCAGCCGCGCUUCCGCGAGGACGAGUGUACACGGCGACCGUGUUCAAUGCGAGCCGCACGCCGCUGCAGCACACGUACCAAGACGGGAAAGGGGUAGUGACUGGCCUCCUCGCUGCCGUGCGGAGCAGCAUGAUUAACAGCAGGAGGUGCAGCAUCGGUGCCGGGACUGCGGCAGGCGCCCUAAUUUGCGGGUUCACACGGUGCGCCGACUGCCGUCGCUGCCUCCCCGGCGCCCUCGCGGGCCGCACGGGGAUGCAGGUCCUUCGGCUCAGCUGCAUGGCCAGGUACGAGAGCUACCCAAUCUACAACGCCACGUACCUGCAGCGAGAGCUGGGCGUCGACGCGAUCGAGCACGACGGCCGCGGCAGUAAUGUUAUCAUAGGACCAAACGGAAAUGUGUUUCCUCCUACCCCGGCACCGAGAGCCAGCCGCGCCCGGAGCCACGGGAGGCGGCGGAAGAGACGCAUAAUUCUGCUCGUUCCGAUUACAACUGGGGUUGUGGUUGUCGCAGGCAUCCUUCUAAGCACCUGGUUUCGUCGGAAACAAGCAGUGGCGACGGGGCAUGUCGUAGUCGGAUCGGUCGAGGCGGCCGACCAUGGGGCAAGCCAUCGCCAUGCUGAGCAGUGAGGAGAUGGAGCUGCCGGAGCCGUCUUUGCCCGGGUACGUCCAUCAAAAGGCGGCGUCAGGUGUACUGCUGCGGGCUCUGCCAUGUCUGAGGUUCCAGUAGCUACGGCGACGAGACGAUUUUAAGAUCUGAGAGUUGAACGCCACAGCGGCGGAAGCUAACGGUGGAUGGAAACCUGUCCCUGUUUCUGGGAAUCGAUGUAUCAAAGGGUGGGAGACGAAAGAAUGUCUGAGGGGAUUGUUUUUCCUUAAUUUCUCCUUUAAUUCCCAACAAGAAUUUGGGGAGAAACAAACCUGGGAUUCCACGACACACCUCUUUCCAAAUGCUGCAGGUAUUUCAAAGCAAAUCAGAGGUGGAGAUUAGUUCCGGCUAAUUAUGAUUUGAAGGCUAGUUUAGGAAGUGUUUUUUCAGAUCCAUUCCAGUAGCCCGUCAUUAAGGCCAAGCCCUAACUCAAACGACAAUCCUCGAAUGCAAAGGCCUGAUCGACUCCGUGACGGCGGUGAACAUGUUGGGCGCGGCGAGCGACAGAGGACGGUGCUCGACGAGUGUGCA